UAUAUAUUUAUUUACCCAGUUAAUGUAUUACGCAGCUGUACGGUAUAUUGAUUUUGAAGAACUAUUGAUAAAUCAGAAUGAAUUAGCAAAAGUACUGUAAAUGAAGCUACGUUAAUUCGCUAGUGUACCGUCAAAGGAGAUCAAAGAUGGGAGAUAAUAAGGGCUAUUUAGCCACAGAUUUAGUUGACCAUAAAUACUCAAGAUUAACUGAUAUUACUGAAGAUAAAUAUGUCAGACCCCCUGCUUAUGCAGAAACCAUUGAAGUGUCAACAUCUGAAGCUGUCACAACAGGCGACAGAAAUGAAUGCCUUAUGGGAGGAGAGGCUGUUAAAAAGGAAGUACCUCGUUAUAAAGAAUAUCUACAGUGCAAUGAUAUUCCAGGAUCAAGUUCUGUCAUUCAGAUCAAAUUAGAAUCAGUGGUAGAUGGAUGUCAGACUGAAACUGUGAAGAAUGAAUCACCACUAGAGGACAGUGGGGCUUACAAAACAAAUGAGGUGGAUGUUGGAGGUAUGUCAGAAGCUGUCAGGGUUAUUUUGAAAUCAGAAGCAAGCAAGUAUGGAGAACUGAAAUGUGAUUUGAAACCUGGAGAGUUUAUUAAUAUUGAAACUGGUGAAGAGGCACUUAGCAGUGGUGUCACAAGUUACCAGAUUGAUUACUCAAAUAUAAAAAGUUUUGUCCUCUGCGAACCUAUUAUAUUUUAUCAUUUUGGAAAUAUUAGCCUAAAAUGCACAAAAGUAAACAAAAAAGUUUUUGUAAAGCCUUUUGAAUGCAGUACACUUGGCCUUGGUGACAAAGAAGCUCUAGCCAAUAUUCAAAACUUCAUAAAUAGCAAUGAGUGCAUUCGACGUUUAGCAGUUGUAGAGAAAUUGGAUUCUACCAACAUAUCAGAGUUCAUAGCUGAGGAACCAAGACUAACUCGUAUGUCUGAUGAAUAUGUUAGGUUGGUAUGUACCUAUGAGGGUGGUCGAACCAUCACAAAGGUUUUCCCUGGAACAGAGCUCGGUAUCAAAGAUCCGGUUACUCGUAAAACAGUUCAAGAAUUUAUUGAUAGCGAAGAAGGAAGGAACUGGAUCAUGAAAGGCUUUAAAAGAAAAAGAGGAGAUUGGGUCAAGCUUGGUGAAAUUGCAGCAGGAACAGAUACCAAGAAGUUUAUCAGCAACAUCAAAUUUGAUGUAAAUCAGAGGUUUAUUUAUGAGAAGAAGUUCUUGGAGAUUGUUCGAGAUGAAGAUGUAUUGCCCGCUUCAAUUAGUAGUCAUGCUAAUUGGGGCUCUUCCCACAGGGCAGAUGACCGUUUCAAACUAAAAGUGCCUCCCGACACAGUGGCAGGAACAGUGCUGGCUCGGUUUCACUUGGAAUGUGCAUCAUUAACUGAUAAAUGUAAAACUGAAUGUGGUGCACCAAUCAGUGAUGUUACAAUUAUUAAUGGCAAAUUUUCAUGCUGUGGAAAAGUUAAAGAAACUCAACUCUGUAGAAAUUGUGGGAUAGACAACACAGUGCAGUGGUACAAAAUUGAGAAAAACACUACCAUCUGUAACUCCUGUUACAAGUUUUAUCAGAGACGUGGUGUACACCGUCCCUAUUGCAGAAAGAAUAAUAGGAAGAAAAAGAUUCAUGAAACUCAUACUAAAUGUAAUUGGAGAAUGAAGUUAGAGCUCAGUGGAUAUGACAUUACAAAAUGGAUUGUGUAUCAACAUAGCAAUAACUCUGAAAAGCACAAUGUCGAAGUACCGUGUCAGACGAGGCCAACUCUGAUGAUGAGAGAUAAGUGGGAUAAAUUACGUUCCCUUGCAAAGUUAACUCCAAAGCAGAUACUUUUGAGCGAGACCCAGGUUAAUGCAAUGCCAAAGCUUAAAAGUAAAAUGGAUUGGUCAACUUUCCAAUCAAUCAAAACCCGAGCAAACUUGAUUGAUAAUCGUAAAAAGAAUUCGUUGAUCAGUGUUAAAGAUGGCAUUCCAAUUUCAGUGCACAGAAAACUCAAUCGUAUAACUAUUGAGAGAUAUUUUGAACAUAUUAUUUUUCUACAGAGAAAAGGUGGCAAUGGAAAUAGAGAGUAUCACUUGGUAAUAUCAUCAGCUGAUAGUAUUGAGAAUCUUUCAGAACUGGAAAUUCCAGUUGAAGGUCAUGGUGAACAAGCAAAAUUCAAGAGUGGAAUAAUUGUUGUCUAUUAUGACCCAUAUGAAGGUGUUGCUGCAGCAUUUUUGAUAUCUUGUAUGGAGGGAGGUUUAGGAUUAGCCAUAUCUCACGAACUGACUUUCAAAGUUACGGGUACAGAUGAUCGCUGGUCAUCAGUUUUACAGAAGGAAAGAUGCUCUGAACAAAAGUACGAUUUUAAGCCUGCUUAUGUUAAGUUGGAAGAUCACAGUCAUGUAAAAGUUACUAAGAAAUGUCAGGAUAGUCAAAGUGGCUCAGUGUUUAACUUUUCAAAUAUUUUAGAUCUUGUUGGUGAAAAACCAAAACUUGUUAAAAUAUCAGAUGUUCGAGUUAGGCUGCAGUGUUUACUGCAAGAUGGCAGACUCCUUACAAAAGUUUUUCCAAGUACUAGUGAAGGUAUUCAUAAACUGGAGACUCAUAAAACUAUUCAAGAAUUUAUAGACAGUCAAGAGUGUAGAGAGUGGAUUAUAAGUAAAGGUGUGGAAAACUGGAUUAGAAUAGGGGAAGUGGCAACAGGCACUGAUACAGAACAAUAUUUGUGUCAUGCCAUCAAGUCAGAGGUUAUGCAGAGAUUCUUUUAUCGUAAAAAUAUCCUUGAAAUUAUUCCUGAUGGCAAUAACAUGUUAUCAGCAAUGAAUAAAUCGAAGUCUUCACACAUCAGACCUGGCAUUCAUAAAGUCGGUAACAAAUUCGCCCUAAAAGUCUCACCAGAAGAAGCUGGGAAUAAAGUUGUUGCUACAAUGUAUCUCGACUGUGCAUCAACAAGUGAAAACUGCAAAACAAAAUGUGGACAGCCAGUUAAUGAAGUGUGUGUUGUUGAUGGUGUAUUCUCUUGUUGUGGAACGCCUAAAGAACAAAUACGUAUAUGCUGCAACUGUUACACAGAUAAUUCUGAUCGCUGGUCUAAACUUGUAGAGGAUAGUUUUCUUUGUCACACGUGCCAUAAUUACUACCGUAAAAAAAAUCAACAUCGUCCACCCAACAUGAGCAAAAGCAAGAGAAAAAAAAUUCACGAAAGUCACGUUAAAUGUGAAUGGAAGAUGAAGCUUGAGUUGCGGGGUUCAGACAUUACAAGAUGGCAGAUUUACAAGCAUCACCUGAAUAAAGAAGCGCAUGGACCAAAGCCAAAUUUAUCUCGUAAUAAAAGAAAAGCUGAACAAUGUAAAGAGGAGAGAACACCAAAGAGAAUGAAACUCUUUAGUGAUGGAGAGCUUCCCUUUCCAAUAAAAGAAAGUACCAGAAUAAUCAAAGCAUUUCCAAGGUUUGCUGCUGGCUCAGGAGCAGGACGAAAUUUCGAACACAGUGAAAAACCAGAUGAAAAUGGGUUCCUAAUGUACCCUGAAAUCAAAGAAUACAUCACAGGUCUUGUGUUAAGAGAUAUAUUUUCACCAAAAGAAAUUAGGCAUUUUGUCAGCCAUUAUGCUUGUGAGAAUUUUCUUGUUUCAGAGUCGAGUGACAGCAAGUGUAGUCCUCAGACUAUUUAUGAAUUAAGAACGCUUGUAAAAGGUUUCAUUUACUAUGUUCAGUCUGACAUUUAUGCACUCUCAAAAUCCCAGGAGUCCAAAAAAUUGAUGAUAUGUCUAGGAAAUGGUUAUCCUACAUUAUAUUUUGUACAAGAUGAAGAAACUCAGGUACUUACAGAAAAUAUAGAAGUUGUAGAAGUGGAAGAUGGUUCUGGCAUCAAUGGAAAUUUAGAAUCAAGUGAAACUAUUGAUCUGGAGGAAAAGCCCAAUGGUGAGAUUGCUGUGAGAGUCCGGAAAUGUUGCGAAGGAAAUUCUAUAGAGAAUGUAAAAGCAAGUGAGGUGCCUUUGAAGAUAUUUGUAACCACUCGAAAUAAAUAGACGAUGCACUUCCAUCUCAAGUUUGUUUGUAAUAGGUAUUUUAUAAUGUAUAAAGCUAAUUAAAUUCAUAUGAAACUG